AUGGCGAUAGAGCGGCGCCGUGAGGCGGGCGGCGGGGGCCGGCCGCUGCCGGAGGAGAACGGCUCGGUGCCGGGGGCCGUGGGUCCCGGGGCCGCCGCCCCCCCGGGGCCGCCCCCCGCCAGCGCCGCCGGGGCCGAGAUCCAGGCGCUGCCGGUGCCGCCGCCCGCCGCCGCCUGCAGCCCGCUGCUCCUGGACUAUGACGGCUCGGUGCUACCCUUCCUCGGGGGGCUGGGCGGCCGCUACCAGCGCACCCUGGUGCUGCUCACCUGGAUCCCGGCGCUCGUCAUCGGCUUCAGCAAGUUCUCGGACUCCUUCCUCCUGGACCAGCCCGACUUUUGGUGCCGGGAGGCGGACGGGCAGGGCAACUGGAGCGGGACCUUGGCGCCUAUCCACGCCAACCACAGCGGCAACGGGAGCAUCUUCCCCCCGCCCGGGCUGCCCACCCCCUCGGGGGACAACGCCAGCGAGUGCGGCUGCCGCGAGUGGCACUACCGCAUCCGAGCCGGCCUCGUCCAGAACGUCGUGAGCAAGUGGGAUCUUGUUUGUGAUUCUGCCUGGAAAGUCCACAUUGCUAAGUUCUCCCUGCUUGUAGGAUUAAUCUUUGGCCACUUGAUAACAGGAUGUAUAGCUGACUGGGUUGGUCGACGGCCUGUGCUGCUCUUCUCUGUCAUAUUCAUUUUGAUAUUUGGACUGACUGUGGCACUCUCAGUGAAUGUGACCAUGUUCAGCACACUCAGGUUUUUUGAGGGAUUUUGCCUGGCUGGAAUAGUCCUCUCCCUGUACGCUCUGCGGAUAGAGCUCUGUCCUCCCGGGCACCGCUUCAUGAUCACCAUGGUGGCGAGCUUCAUCGAGAUGGCAGGGCAGUUCCUCAUGCCAGGGCUGGCUGCCCUCUGCAGGGACUGGCAGGUCCUCCAGGCUGUCAUCAUCUGUCCCUUCCUGCUGAUGCUGUUUUACUGGGUUAUUUUCCCAGAGUCUCUUCGGUGGUUGAUGGCUACACAACAGUUUGAGGCAUCCAAGGAGCUGAUCCUUCAGUUCACACACAAGAACAGGAUGAGCACAGAAAGUGACAUCAAAGGAGUGGUGCCUGUGCCGUGUGUCUUUAGAGACAUCUCUUGAAGAAUUUUACCAUGGCUACAAGAGUGUGCCUUCAGCUCUGUGUGCCUCUGGAAGCUGUGUUUUAAAGGAAGCUGCUUGCUGGGAUCCUGCCCAUCACCCAGCACUUACUCUGUUGGUUUGGAGAAGCAGCAGCACUCAAACCUCUUAUUCUAAAGUGCCAGACCCAUGGGAAACUUAAACCACAUUAGAGUUUCUCUUUAAAGCUUUGCUCCAAGAGUGGUUUUGCUUUCCUCUCCUGCAUCAUCUGAGUGAUGCUGCUUUAGGGAUGGGGGAUUGUUGCAAGUGACAGUGGUAGGGUGCAGUUUUUGCUUGACAGUCUAAAGUAUCAAUUCCUUGGUUUACUGCUGCUUUUAGAAAGAGCUGGCUCCACCAGAAAUGUCACUGAAAUAGCCAAGAUCCUGUCUUGAAGGUUGCUGUGCAGAGGAGACUCUGUGUGUGUGUGUGUGUGUGUGUGUGUGUUUGUCUAAUUACAACAAUGGCAAAGAGCUGUCUGGAUCUUUGUAUCACCAGAGCACCUGUCAGAUUUGGUUCAGACUCCCCUUUUCCUUCUCACAGGCUUGGUUCUGCCCAUAAACACCCAUUUUGCACUGUCAUUUACAAUCUGUAUCAUACUACCCACUUGUCAGAAAACAGUGGAAACUUUUCCCCCACUUUUCCAGCACUGCCUGCUCUGACCCCAGGGGCUGCAGGGGAACUUCAGCCAGUAGCUCUGCCAGUGGGUAGAAGUGAUGCUUCUGCACUUGUCUGAUCCUUGUCAAAGGUCUCUGGGAUUACUGUACUUUCUGUCAGUCAGUGUUAAAGGUGUCAGUCAGCCCUGGAACAGACUUAAUCCAGGAUAGAACUGUCACCAUUAACAUCAGUGCCUAAUUAAUAAAGCAGUCUCCAUCAGUGAGGAAUGUAAAGCAAAGUUCAGGAUCUCUGUUACACAUACCCAGGUCACUGAUGAUUUUUGGUGCAGUCAGUGCACUGGUGUUAAUUAGCUGACUUGCAUGUAAUUGUGUGUCAGGGGUUACAGUUCCUGGAUCUGCAUCACACAAAAUGUCUUUGCAGUGUAAAUGCCAUUUUUCUGGUCAAGUUCUGAAAAGCAUUAGGGGUGUGUGAGCCAUCACCAACCUGUUGAUCUGCUUCCCACUCCUCAUUUUUGCAGAUCUUCCUCAGAAUAAAUGAUGGAUCUUGAGAAAUGAUGGAUCCCUGAGCCAACAGUUGGCCUUGGAGUUUCCUAACCAAUUCCUAAAUUUGGCUUUUGUCAGUCAGCUUCUUGAAUUUGCAGAUGAAAUAAAAUGUAUUUUAGGAGACAGAAGAGAACUAAUUACCUGAGUUUCCUUUAAGGAAAAUAAUAAAGACACAGCUGUGUGUUGGAGGGAUUUAUUUAGGCCAUGUAUAAUGAUAUUGCCCAUGGAGAAAUGCUAAAUGUCAAAAUGGCUUUAUGACUGUUAUUUGUGACUGAUUACUUUUCUCAGCAGUUUCACGGUAGGAGUACACUCCUGUUUAAGGAAAGGACUCCCUUUCAUGUGAAAAACCAGCAUUAUUUCAUGUCUUGAUACUGUGGAUCCUCUGACUGCAAAUACAUUUAGAUAUAGCAGUUGUCAGUACAACACCAUUUGCAUUUUAUAAAUUAUUCAGAACAUGGUCAUUUCUGCCUCCUUGUUGAAGACAAGACUGUUGGAGUUUAUUAUUUCUUCCCUCACUUUUCUCUUUAAACUCUUUCUGCAGCCCCACACUUAGGGCUUUUCUGAUGCAGCCCUGGAGGGAAGCUGCAUUUCUGCAGUAUGAAAAGAAUGGAAUGAGAUUAACUACAAACUACUGAAGAAAGCCCCACCUCUCACAUUCUGGAUGCACGGGGGUGUUGAUGGUCUGAGUGAGGACAGGAGAACAGUAGGAUUCUUGGGUUAAGAAUGUGAUCAAACUGCAGCUUUGUAUUUUGCAGUGGGUUAGGAAGGAGGAGGAGACCUUUCUCUGCUCUUGUGUGCUGUAAUGACAUGCCCAUAGCUGCUCUAGUAUGGAAUGGGUAAAAAGAUGGUCCUUGUCUGGGAGAAAGGAUACCAUUGAGCCUGGUGCAGAUAUCCCUUGUUUUCCCUCGAUUCCAUUGUUGAGCUUUCCUAUCUGUGUGGAGGGAUUUUUGUUUGUGAUUUGUUUUAUUCUUUGUUUUCCAUCUGAAAGAGCUGGAAACUGUUUUGCUCUAGUUAGAGGCCAUUGUGUUGCUGUUUAUUAUUCCUCACUGCAUUGUUGUAACAGCCUCCUGUGAUUGAAUUACUCCCAAUGCAUUUAAAUGAUAAACUGCUCACCUGCAGUCCCUUCCAGCUGAAAAUCCCACUGUGAUUUUACUCAUACAUACCAGUCAAAUUAGUGUAUCCAAUAUAACAGAUCAUUACAGGAGUUACAGGAGUUUCAUAUUUACCCAUUUUGGCACUUGAUGAGAGUUCCAUAGUAAAAAGAAGCAGCAUUCAAGAGGACAAAGUAUUUCUGAGAUGCAAGAAAAUUUAAUUUUGAACUGCUCCCCAAGCAAUGAGCUGGCUGAUUUUCCUUUCUGAAGAAUCACACCAUUUCCACUGCCUGCUGAAAGCUUUUGCUCAUCCAUGUGGCUACACUGCCUGUGGUGGAGAGUGCCACUAACCAUCUAUAGGGCCUCUUUGCUCCAUGGGGAGGUAGCCCAUGCGUGAGAUGGGGGGGAAGAAAAAAAGGAAGCAAAUUUUAUCUGCUGUUUUCGACAGUCCUUUGGGUUGGAGUGGUUGGCAGUGCUCUCCUGGGAGAUGUCUCUAAAGACAACAAUUAAAAUCCAGACAGUGAUCCAGCUGCAGCUGAAAGGUCCAGCAGCUGCUGUAGCAGCCCCUGCCAGGAGCAAAGGGGGGUGGGCAGAUGUUGGGCAGUGCCCAGCCAGCAAGAAAAGUGGGAGUGUGCUUACAUGGCAAACAAAGUGAGACAAGGGAUGCUAACAGGAGUCUGGAGUGUUGUAAAUUUACAUUGCCCUUAUCUUCAGUAGCCUAUCCCAGGGCUGAUGUUGGUUGCAUAAAGGGAUAUUUUUUUCCUCAUCAGCUUUAAGUGGCUUUAUUUUUGAGUGCUUGGUGUACCUUGUGAUUUUGGGCAGGAAUAAUUUGCCUUUAUAAUGAGAUUUCUGGCUUUAUGUGAUUGCAUUUUCUUCUUUAAAGCUUAAGAAUCAUAGAUGAAUUAGACCUGGUUUAAAUUACCCCUACUAUGUUUCAACUCAAAAUUUUACUAGUUGACUUUAAACUUUGCUCUCUUUUAGAAAUAAAGGUUUAAAUCUGUUUUUGCAUCAAGGAAAUUAUUUUUAUUCAACUGUGUCUUGAGAUGUCAUUUUUAAAACAGGCUUGCUGAAAUUUGUUGACAGAUGUUUCAAAGCAUUACCCAAAAAAAGUCAGCUUCAGUCAUGGGCAAAUUAAAUAUUUUGAUAAUAUUAAUUCAGUACAGGUUUUUUGCUACCAGUUUCUCCAGAAGCUUUACCAUCUCUUCCUUGUUCCCCUGUAGAACAAGAACCAAACAUACAUUUCAGUGCAGCUGCUGGACAGUUAUUUUAACCUUGGUGUCAUAAAUGCUAAGGGAGUAUGGGGAUUGUUUAACAAACAGGAAAAAAGAGUGUUCAGGGGAAUUGGAAAUCCUAAAGCACCAACCAUCCUUACACCUUUUAAAGGUGUGUUACACUUUAGGUGGCUUUCAUUAUAUUUAUAGAAUGCAUUCUUUUUCUUUGUGUGGGGUUGAAGGGUCUUUUUGCCUGGUUCAAGGGAAUAGAUUGUCUCCUGCAAGCUGACCCAGCCCUGCUGUGUCUGUGUGUCCUGGGAAAUGCUCCAUUUGAGACACUGCUGCAUCAGCAGCUACCCAAGUGUCACACAUGAUGCUUCCAAGGAAACCUCUCCUGUGUAGUUCUCUUUGGCUUCCCCUCUGUGGGGAGACAUUUCAGGUGUUCCUUAACAUGAAAACAGCUGCUUGGCCAGGCUGAAAAACAAAGCUCCCUUUUUGCUCAUCUCUGGGUGGAAACACAAACCAGAGGUGCUCCUGGCAGAGAGGUUAUAGCUGUUCUUUCCCAAAAUUCCCUUCUAAGCUUAGAGAAGUGAUAUUGAUGUAAUCACAAAAGGUGGACAGCAAAGGUAAAGCACCCAAAUAGAUUCCAGCAAUUUAGCAUGCAGGACACAACAUGGAGAAGGUGAAGGGGUACAGUGGUGAUAAAUACUCUGUGUGUGUAUGUGUGUGGGUUGCAGUUAGGAAAGCUGUGGUUUUCAGGGAGUUUCCCUCUGGAGAAAAAAAUUAUCUUUCACCUUUCUUGCUGCUGAACAACAUGCUGCCAUUACUUUUCUUUAAACAUAAGCUAUUUUUCUGUUUUGUUUUGCUAUAUAUAUUUUUUUUUUCCUAAGCAUGAGGCUUGAAUCUAUGUAAUUAUAUGCAUUUUCCCUUUCCACUUGUUAAAUAGCAGAGGGAAAGGUGAAAAUGCCUUAUGUCUGAAAGUCAGUCUCUUUCAGCUUUACUCAUAUCCUUAGGCCAUCACACCUAUCACUACACUGCUGGUCUAAAGCUUGUGGUAGACGAGGUGUGUAUUAGCUGGAGAAGAAAAGCAAGUUUCUUCUGUAUUAUGGCUCCAUAAUACAGGUGAUUCCAUGUGAUAGUGAAGUACAAACCUGCCAGAUGUUCUCCUUUGACAGAUCCUGUUUCUCGGGUGUUUAAUGGUGCUAAACUUAAAUGUUCCAUGCAGCUCUCACAGGGUGGUCAGGUAAAUGUGAGAAAUGAAGUUAAAACACUUCAAGGUUCUGCUUGAAGGCUAUGUGUCAGCCACAGAGAUUUCUAUCUCAAAAUUUAAAAAAAAAUACCCAGCCAGUGAUUUCUGUUGUUUUCUUGUAUGUUAAAUAAGUUUCAGGAGAGUCUGAGUUUCUCCUUCUGGGCCCCUGUUGUGCAGUAGCAGGAACUGGUGGAGUCUGUGCAACUCUUUCAGGAUGUGCUGUACAUGAGAGUGAUGAACAAGAAUAAAACUGGUCAGUUAAGUCCUCUUUCUCUGGCUGGCUGUACAGUAAUGGAAUAGGAGAGCCCAUGCAUGCCCUGACUGUGUCCUUAGCUGAGGUAGUGCUGAUAUCUGAAGUAUCAGGUUUUGGAGGGAUCAGGGGAAAAACGGUGCACUCUGCUGAGAAUGUGCCUUUUGAUGCCACUGGGAACAGCCAAAUAUGCUAGGAAAUUUAAAGGGGAAAAAAAAGGAAGAGGGGGUUGUCAGCCUCUAUUUCAGUUUGAAUGACCCUUUCUCACUAGCUGAGUCCUCUGCAGGCUCUCGCUGGCUGCACUCCAGCCUGUUGAUUUGUGCCCCGCUGGCACACUGGCUCUUUGUGCUGCCUAUCCUGCCAGAGGAGCCAGCUUUGCAGGGCAGGGACCAUGUGCACAGGGCUGGCAGCAAGCCCUGCUGCUGCUGGCUUUUCCCCAGCCCAGGGGCUCCAGAGAGGAGAGAAUUAGUGAGUCCAGAUGUGCAUGUAAAGGGUAGGAGGGGAGACCUCGAGAACCAAGUGGAAGUGGAGAGCAGUAAGAGGGGACCAGUGGCCAGAGAAGAGAGGAAAGAAGAGACUUUUAAAAGUUGUGGGAGCAAAGACUACAGAGGGGACAAAGCAAAGAAUAAGAAGGGGAAUAAGAAAGAAUAAUUGGAGGGUACUUAGAGUGGCAAUGGAGGAAGAACAUUCUAUAGAGGAAGAGCAGAGGAGAGCUAGAGCAUGGAGACCAAAGGGGCCGCAAUCAUUUGCUUCCUCCUCCUUCUAGAGCAAGCUGUCAGGCCCAAGGGUUCAGUCUCAGAACUAUUUUGCAAAAUCCACCCCUAAAAUGUUUGCUUCACCCGUCCCUGCUGCCCACUCACCUGCUCAGCUUGCUGAGGUUCCCUCCAGAGCUCCCACAGCAGUGUGUGGCUACCUGCAACCUCCUGAUGGCCACAGCUCCACCCAGGGACACUGGAGCUGCUCUUUGUGUUAUUGCUGAUAAUGUUAGAAGAAUGCAAGCAUUGACAAGCCAUGCUCUGGGAAAUUAAAGAAGUCAGGUUGCCUGGGCAACCCCUGCUUGGCCUCCUGGCACUAAGGCAUGAUGGUACAGCCUUUAAUAACAUGAUUACAACCUAUUUUUU